GCACAUAAGCAAAUCCAUUCUUGUACCGUUUCUCGGAAAAGCUUUUCAGUAAAUGCACUCAUGCUACUACAGGAGCUUCUCGCUGCAAUAAGCUACCCAUCUGCCAUCAACAAGUUAAGACUAAGAGAACUAACAGCUGUGCAAAAGGAAGACCAAAGCUUCAAUUAAACAGCCGAACAGACGCAGGAAGAGAAAAAUAAAACUUAUAUUCAGUACUGAUUCAAGAAUUACAGAGCUGUCACAGAAAAUCAAGCCAAUGAAUUCAAAAGGAAUAUCCUAAAGGGGAAAAAAAGCCUGGUGGAUUCAAUUUUACCCUGAUAUCCUAGGAUACUGAAAAAGAGUAAAUUAUUCAAAAGCGACUGAAUGUUCGAGCCUUUUUCAGACUCACUGCUUUGAGUCUACGACUGAAUGCAACCUCCAAUGUGCUCAAAAGAAUGGGCUUACAUUUCAAGUGGCCAUUAGGGGCUCCUAUGCUGGCAGCACUAUAUGCAAUGAGUGUGGUUUUAAAAAUGCUGCCUGCCUUGGGCAUGGCUUGUCCACCAAAAUGCCGCUGCGAGAAGCUGCUCUUUUACUGUGACUCUCAGGGGUUUCACUCAGUGCCAAACAACACUGACAAGGGCUCUCUAGGUUUGUCACUGAGGCACAAUCACAUUUCUGAACUUGAAAGGGAUCAAUUUGCAAGCUUCAGUCAACUUACUUGGCUCCACUUAGAUCAUAAUCAAAUUUCAACAGUUAAAGAAGAUUCUUUUCAAGGACUCUAUAAACUUAAGGAAUUAAUCCUAAGUUCCAACAAAAUAUCUUACUUGCCAAACACAACUUUUAGUCAACUGCUUAACCUGCAAAAUUUGGACCUGUCUUUUAAUCAGUUAUCAUCUCUGCAUCCAGAAUUGUUCUAUGGCCUUCGGAAGCUGCAAACCUUACAUUUGCGUUCCAAUUCCCUGCGGACCAUUCCUGUUCGCCUUUUCUGGGACUGUCGUAGUCUGGAGUUUCUUGAUUUGAGCACAAAUCGUUUGCGAAGUUUGGCUCGCAAUGGAUUUGCAGGAUUAAUCAAACUGAGAGAGCUUCACCUAGAGCACAACCAGCUGACAAAGAUUAAUUUUGCUCAUUUCCUACGGCUAAGCAGUCUGCACACGCUCUUCUUACAGUGGAACAAAAUUAGCAACUUGACAUGUGGGAUGGAGUGGACCUGGGGCACCAUAGAAAAGCUUGAUUUGACUGGAAAUGAAAUCAAAGCCAUCGAUUUCACAGUGUUUGAGACCAUGCCUAAUCUUAAAAUACUUCUAAUGGAUAACAAUAAGCUACACAGCCUGGAUUCCAAGAUCUUAAAUUCUCUCAGAUCCUUAACUACAGUUGGUCUCUCUGGCAAUCUGUGGGAAUGCAGCCCCAAAAUAUGUGCACUGGCCACAUGGUUGAGUGGCUUCCAAGGUCGGUGGGAGCACUCAAUACUGUGCCACAGCCCAGACCACACCCAGGGAGAAGAUAUUCUAGAUGCAGUUUAUGGAUUUCAGCUUUGCUGGAAUUUAUCAACUACUGUCACUGCCAUGGCCACAAGUUAUAAAGAUCCAACCACUGAAUACACAAAAAGAAUAAGCUCAUCAAGUUACCAUGUGGGAGACAAAGAAAUCCCAACUACUGCAGGCAUAGCAGUUACUACUGAUGAACACUUUCCUGAACCAGACAAUGCCAUCUUCACUCAGCGGGUAAUUACAGGAACAAUGGCUUUAUUGUUUUCUUUCUUUUUUAUUAUUUUUAUAGUGUUCAUCUCCAGGAAAUGCUGCCCUCCUACUUUAAGAAGAAUUAGGCAGUGUUCAAUGAUUCAGAAUCACAGGCAACUCCGAUCCCAAACACGACUCCAUAUGUCAAAUAUGUCAGACCAAGGACCAUAUAAUGAGUAUGAACCCACCCAUGAAGGACCUUUCAUCAUCAUUAAUGGUUAUGGACAGUGCAAGUGUCAGCAGCUGCCAUAUAAAGAAUGUGAAGUAUAAUACCUACAAGUCAUCAAAAAUUACAUCAGAUAAGUAACCUAUUUUAAAUUGUAGGGGGCUAAAUAUAUAACUAAUUUUUACAAAUGGUGACAUUAAGCCUAAUUUUCCAAAACAAGUGGAGACAUAGUUUUUGAAGUGGUGAAGUAUUUUUUAUUUUUAUUUUUUAAAUGGAACCAUAUUUUAAGUGUUAAAAGAAGCAAUGAUUACAUUACUUUGCACUCCUAUUUGGAAAUCUAAAAAUGCUCACUUCAAAAUAAUGUAAGAUGUUUCAUGUUAUGUAAUUAUACCAUCAUGUGUAAACAUUUAUACUAACGUCUCCAAUGUGCUACUUUUUUUCUACUGGAAACGGUCUGGAAAAAGGAGUGAGCAUGAAAGAAUACAGAUGGUAAUCUGUUCCACUGUGGCUAUCUGAUCCUCAUGUAUUACAGCUGGCUCACUAACUAUAAAGGAAGACUUAAUGAAA